AUGGUAACCGGCCAGUUUUCUGUUGGGAAAACGACUCUUGUUAAGCUGUUAGCUGGAGAAAUUAUACCUGAUGGUCGACAUCCGACAGAUGGGAUUUCUCUGGUAGAAGGUCGCUGUGGCCUAGAUAUUCUUACAAAAGAGUGGAUUCUUGUUUAUCAAGACUCUUACAAUGCCCUGGAUGUUGUGUACCAUAAGGUUUUAAUGACCUCUCUGGAAGAAGAGGAGGAGAGUGAACUUACCAACAAAGCUUCAGAUACAAGCCCAACUGGUUAUGCAAAGGCUGCACUUUCCUCUUUGCCCUCAGAACAGUCUGCAGCAGCACAAUCUCUACCAUCUACGAAAUCCUCCAAUGUGCCUCACACGGUAAAACAGAUGGAAAAGAAAAUGAGAACAAGAAUGACUAAAGAAGAAAUAAGAAAGAAAAUGGAAAAGGUCCUCAAAAGUGGGAAGUAUAAGAUGAAAGUUGGACGUCUUAUCUUCUGGGAUUUUGGUGGACAAUAUGUUUAUCUAACAACACAUCAGACCUUCAUGACAUUCCGGGCAUUGUUUCUUGUAGUAUUUGAUGGGAGCAAAGAUUUGCAUGAACAGGUCCCUGAUGUGAUGUGUUUUCCAGGGCAGCACAUGACGCCAACUCCAGCAGUAUUCUUGCAAUAUUGGGUCAAUUCCAUCUUGACCUAUUGUAAGGUUGUAUAUGCAGGCAUUCCAAAGAUCUUGUUUGUUGCCACUCACAAGGACAAAGUACCAACGGAGAAUAUUGCGACCAGACGUGAAGAGCUUUACAGAGGAAUUGAGGAAUUGUUUAAAGACCACGAGGGAAAACAUCAUCUGGUCCUUAGACCUCUAAUAUUUGUCAAUGCCAAAGAUCAAGCCGACCCAGAAAUAGAAGUUCUGAAGAAAACAAUAACAGAACUAACAUUCGACCACCCAUGCUGGGGUGAAAGGAUGCCGAAUGCAUGUGUUCCACUGGAGCUUGAGAUCGCUGAACUAGUGGCAGAAGGAAAGCAAAUAAUGUCAUUGGCUGAAGUUAAAGAAUUAAAUGCUAUCAGCGAGGUGUCUGUCCUGUCUCCUGAGCAGUUGACCGAUUUUCUACAUUAUCAACAUUCUCUAGGGAAAAUUGUCUAUUUUGACACACCACAGCUAAGAGAUAAUGUUAUCAUCAGUCCCCUUCUUAUGGUGGAAGUUAUGAGAUCUUUUAUUACUGAUGUUGAAUUCUGGCCAAAAGAAGAUAACACAAGAAAAACCUUCAAAAAGAUGUCUGAAAAUGGAAUGAUACAAAAAUUAGACCUCUACCAGAUUUGGGAGCAAGAAGAAUUUUGUCAGAUAUUACUCUUUAAAGAGUACAUAUUUGAUAUGCUGAUACACCUUGAUAUCGUAUCUGAACAGCGUAGAUAUGAUACAAAAACAGGAAGUCGGCUACCAGUAGAACACUUCUUUGUACCCUGUAUGCUUACCCAAAGAAAUGAUACAGAUUUCUUGUCACAAGAAUGUACACCAGAGAGGACUGUUAGUUUGGCCUUUGUUUUUAACGGAACCGUUGUUCCUCCAGCUUUACCGAAUCGUCUCAUAUGCGCAUGUCUCAGUAUGUGGACAUUGAAGCAAUACCGUGGAAGGAAACUUAUGUUUUCUGGGUUUGUGGGGUUAUCAGUUGAUAAAGAGCAUGAUAUCGUUGUCUGUGUAGAAGGAAAUAAGAUCUUAUUGCACCUAGUCCACAAGCGCUCCAAGGGUUUGAUAAUACCUGAUAUAGCCACCAGUGUCCGGGAUUGUUUGUUUGUUACUUUAGAGAGAAUCUCCGAAUUUUAUCAGUUCACCAUCCAUUGUAAAGCCAGCAGCAAGUUACCCUUCCACACUGAGUAUUCAUGCUCGAAAUUAAACUGUUUCACAUCAGAAAAUAAGAUGGCUUCCGAAACUGAGGAAUCUCUUUGUGAACACGGAGAAAACCUUAAAAAUAACUGGAGUAUUUGGAACAAGAAAAGGGAACAAAAGCAGUGUGAUGCUAAUUGUCCAGGUUUGAGUGAAGAUGCAUUAUCUCAGAUCCCAAGUAACACAGAGUUGCUUCGUCUGUCUAAUCAUUGUGAGGCACAUAUGCUACAUGAAUUGGCUCUCCAUCUUGGAAUGGACGAGAUGGUAUGGAGUGAUAUGGUAGAGAAUUACCCAACAAAUACACAGAUGGUUAAAUUUUUGACGCUUAUUCAUUUGAAAGAGAAUAAUGAAAUCAGUUUCGCAGAAUUGGACAACGGAUUGAGAGAAAUGGAAAUAACAACACAUAAAUUAUGUGUGGUACGUCGGAGAAAACAAGUGAAAUCUGGUAUUCCUGACGAUAUUCUAGACUGUAUUCCAUCAGACGAAAUUUUAGAUAGAUUAGCACCGCUGGUUGGCAAUAUAGUUCUUCAACUAGGAAUAGAACUUGGACUUUCUGUAGAAGAGAUAGAGAGUAUUAAAGUGAAACGUGAUCGUGAUUUGACAGCACAGAAUAAGGAAGUCUUGUUUGCAUGGAGGAAAGACAGAACAGUGAAACCUACAAUACGGGUACUUGAGCAAGUUUUUGUAGAUAUUGGUAAAGGAGCAAGGUGUUUAAAGGAGGUUGUAAAGGACGUUGAUCCCAAUACACUUAAAGCAGUAGAAAUUGUUACAGAUAGAAUCAGAGAAAACGAAAACAGAAUCAUACAGGACGUACAAACCAGCCAAAUUUUAGACCAUAUGAUGGCACAUCUGGUGAUAUCAGUAGAUGACAGACGUCGUAUUGAACAACAUGCUGGACAAGAUGAUCAGAACAAAGCAUUGCUGGAUAUUGUGACCAAAAUGCGAGAACCUGCUUACAGUGUAUUUGUUGAUGGAUUACGUAUUUAUGGAUACAAAGAUAUCGCUAAUGAUUUGAAAUGUGAUUUCAGUCCAAGUCCAACAUCAGCAUCUGCGGAAAAUGAAGGCUUAUCAGUUUGUAAUGUUCCAUUAUAUAAAGUUCGUCUACAAAAGAACUACCUCAAGGUCAUCACUGAUAUACAACACGAGAACAUAGUCGAUCAUCUAAUAUCAAGAGAGGUAGUGUCAGUUGAUGAUGGGAAGAAGAUAGAAUCUGGUAAAACACCACAGGAAAAGAACAGGAAUUUAAUGGACAUGCUGUUGCGUAAAAAUGAACAGGGAUUUAAUGAAUUUCUCAAAGCCCUACGAAAAGACUCAAUUUAUGCAGAUUUAGCAGAUCAAAUAGAGAAGACAGAAGUUACUAGCACAGAUAUGGCAACUCUUUAUAAAUGCUUCAAAUAAAAUAAAAGUAAUUUCUUUCAGAAAAAACAGCUAGGAAAACCAUCAGUUAACAAUUAAUAGAAGAAAGUAUUGUCAAUCCAAGGCAUUACGAUUUGGUCACUUCAAUAAUCCACUGUAAAUUCAAAAAUUAUUGCGUGCAUUUAUUAUUGCCUUUUUUUUAAAUGGGACAAAAAAGCGAUAGUAAUUAUAACAAUGUCAAAAGAAUCUUUAUACUAAUAUAUGUAUCAGUUUAAGAAUUUGAGUUCUUAUUAAUGCGAUACCUACUCAGUCGCAUUUUUCGCAUUAAUAAAAACCUCAAAAUAAAUUCUGAAUUUACAAUAUGUAAAUGAAUCACAAUGUAAUAGUGAUAACAAUCUUUUAUCUUAAACAUAUUUCAUAUGUGAGUGUCAUGUAUGGUAAGGAAAAAGCUAAAAUAUGUACUAACCCCUUUUAUGAGAGUUGAUUCCUACAAUCCCAAUAUCCAUUUGACGUGGCUCAGUAGUUAUACAGCCAGUCAUUUUGUUAUUGUGCUAUGGUAAAUUUUUGUAUUCUCGCUUUCGUUUUUGCCAAUAUGCUUUGUCUAUAUGCCUUUUUGAUUUUUUUAUAAUGAUUUAGACUAUAACACAAUGUUUACUGCUGUAUCCUUAUUUUUGACAAUUUUACCUAUUAUGUCUAUUUACUUUGUUCACACACUGGCGUCAAUUUAAUGGAAUUCAAUGCGACUUUUAUACAAGUGAGAGGUUUAACUAGCUAGAAACCAGGUUCAGUAUACCAUUUUCGACAUAAGCAAAUGUUUGUACAAAAAUAGGAAUUUAAAAGUUUUUAUCCAUUCAUGUAGCGUGUUUGAGCACAUACGUCUAGAUGAACAAACCUUCGUGUUUUUGAUAAUACAUAAUUUUGUAAACAGAUAAUUUGCACAUGUGAUAUGUCAUAACUACUGCGCUGGUUAUACCCGUUAGAACGUAACAACCGCCAGUAGUUGCAUCAACCCGUUGUAAAAACUCGUAAAGUAUACUUAAUUUGUUAAGCUGGUGGGUAAACCAGCUGUGUUUAGAAAUCAAUUAAAUUUAAACUUAUCAUCAUUUGUAAAGUUACUUUUUUUUGUAUAGUUAAAUAAUACCAUUUACAUGUUGGACAGAGAUCAACUGAUGAACUGCUAGAUUGAAAUUGUUUGUAAAUAAAUGGCUAUUAAUAUGUCUUUCUUUCUGUAAUGUGUAUACAAGUAUAAGUCUAUAUUUGUAAUUCCCCAUUUACAAAGGUUGCAUUUCUGUAAAUAUAAACAGUGCAAUUUAUCAGUAAACAGGACGGUGUAAUUUCUCAGUAAGCAGGACAGUGUGAUUUCUCAGUAAACAGGACAGUGUAAUUUCUCAUUAAACAGGACAGUGUGAUUUCUCAGUAAACAGGACAGUGUGAUUUCUCAGUAAACAGGACAGUGUAAUUUCUCAGCUUCUUUUACAGCUUUAACUGUACCAUGUUUACACUGAAGUUUCGCAUGAAUUUGUAUCCAAGAAUGGAAAGUUCAUUAGCACUUUUAUUUUUCAAAGGUCAAAACUUAAGUCUGUGCAGCAUGUUUUCAACAAUUAUAUACCUCAAACUUAUAAGAGUUUAAACUGAUACACAAAGUAUGUACUUUCUCACCCUUCACGUUUGGUCAUACUCAGAAUUUAGUUUGGCAGCUACACAUGUGUAUUUAUACUAGUUAAAAAUUACAGGUGUGUAGCUGAACUAUGGAGAUGAUACCAGUAAAUAAACUAAACAUAAAAUAUAUAAAUAUCUCCUCUAAAUACAAUAUUUAAUAUAUACUAUUUUAAUAAAUUUUGAAAAAAAACCUACAUAGCUACAAUUACGAGUUUCAUUUCAUUCGUAACUUUGUAUAUCAAUAACUUAAAGCUGUUCAAUAAUACCUUAAUAGUUAAUUUAGUUCUAAAUCUAAGUCUAAUAGAUACUAAAGUAUGUACAUAUGAAAUAACUAAAUCAAAGACCGAAUCUUGUCCUUCAUGCAUUUCUUAUGGGGGUGUCCGAGUUAUUAUAUAGUCUAAUGGAUACUAAAGUAUGCACAUAUAAAAUAACUAAAUCAGAGACCGAAUCUUGUCCUUCGUGCAUUUCUAAAAACAUGACAGCAGCUAAUUUAAAUGUAAGCUUGUAAAUAAAAAUGUCUCUUCAUCAAUAAGGUUUUGAACAAAAAUGCAUGUAAUGCAUAUUCACCAUUUCCUUUCUCAAUUUUAUCUGUUAUAUCAAAUGAAAUAAUGGUUAUGCCCCACGUACGAUAGUAGAGGGCCAUUAUGUGUUCUGGUCUGUGUCUCCUGUGUAAAGUUCAGGUUAAAGUUUUUGGUCAAAGGUAGUUUUUCACGAAGUUAAAGUUACAUUAAUUUGAAACUUAGUACACAUGUUCCCUUUGAUAUGAUCUUUCUAAUUUUAAUGCCAAAUUAAAGUUUUGACCCGAUUUUCACGGUCCACUGAACAUGGACUAUGGACACAUUCUUGUUCAUUCAUCAGAAAAACGGAAUUUGAAUUCAAAUAGAUCAGUGAUAAUUGUUUGGUUAUAUUAUAUAAUCAAAUAUUUGAAAGUGUUUGAGAACAUAUCACAAAACAUUUAUGGACUUACAAAUUGUGCGUCUCUACCGUUAUCUACACCAUGUGUUGUUUCUUUGUGUUUAAGCGUAAUGCUAUACAACUUUCUGUUUGAUUUGCCCUUUUAACAUUUUUAUUAUAUUCAAUAAUAUUCAAUAGAGAUUAGAUUUUGUGAGGCCCCUCAUAUAUAGAAACUUUGUUAUUUACAAAAAAUUAUGAUAUGAUACAGUUGUGUUUUGUUGUUGAUGUUAUUAUUGUAGCACGUUGUGUGUAAGAACUGUCUUAUGUUUGUAUAUAUGUAUAAACUGUUUGUGC